AAUAGACUAAAUAAUGAGAGAUCGGGAUGUGCUUUCAGAUCGGCUCCGGCCGAGCGACGAUCUUGUGCAACCAACAGAGAAAGGAGGAAGCCGAAUCGAAGGAGCGAUCGAUGCAGGACCGAUUGCCGGCGGUUCCUUCGACACUCCGAGGUGCCUAAUCGCUGUGAAACUGUCAUAUCAUUCGCGAACGGUUUUCUGAUAGAGGAAACGAGUCGAUAUAAUUGCCUGGCCGCGUCAGCAACGCGGUUCAGUCUUUGUCGCGGGCUCGGCGAAUGAUGAAAACCUGCCGGAAGCUGGUAGCCAUGGUGCUACUGUUGCUAAUCCACUUGCUGACGUUACAAAUCGGUGACGCAGGACGCGACCACACGAACGUUUCGGCCGCCAGAAGCGAGCCGAAAAUCAUUCUGGAGGAGGUAAUCGUGGCCGGAAGUGGCAAUAACACUCGCGUAAUCGCGAACGCGGUGGCGGAAGAUGCAGCGGGGCUCGACGGUGAGAUGCUCUCGCUUCUGUCUAAGCGCGAGCUACGAAGGAGCGGACGCUCGAAUUCGGAUCGGGACGAUCAGGACGCGGCACAGUCGGGCGACGCGCUCGUCAACGCGAACGAGGAGGACGAUCUCGAGGUAAUGAGUCGCGUGAUCGCCAAGUACGAGCCGCAGAGACUCACGUCGAGAAAGACCAAGAGGAAAAUUGUCGACGGUUCGAACAGCACUGACGAUGCCGGCGAUAAGGUCGCGGGGUCGAUAACGGAUCUGGAGAGGACUUACGCCGAGAUACUGAGAAAUAUAUCGCGGCAAGCGCCGGAAUUGUCGGCGAACAAUGCCGACGCGAAUCCCUAUUUAUCCCAGGCGGCGAAGCAACUCAGGCAGAUUUACAUUCCGGAGGUGACGAUCCGUCCGGCGACCAGCGACGGGGCGGAGAAGUCGCACUCCGGUAUCGACUCUUCUCCCGCAUCGCCCGUUCUGAGCAAGAAGUCGACGAGGUUGCCUAAAAAAUAUUCAAAAUUAAAUCGCACCGCCCCGGCUCCGCGAUUCUCAUCGGCCGAGGAGGCAGAGUCCGACGAGAAAUCCGCCGGCGCGCUCAAGGUAUCCAACAGGAAAACGAAGCCGAGGAACGGAUCGUUAGCUGUACCAACGUCAGUUCAUUCCGGUCCAACGGAAAAGCUUAAGGAUCGUCGCGAAUGGAACGCUCAUGACUCAAUUCGCGCCAAGUCUCAAUUCCCUGCGCGAUUGAAUAACAGCGACUCCGAUAACGUCAUCAAUGUGAAUAAUUUAAAAAGUCUGAACGUUCCGAAUUACGUUCAAUCGCCGCCGAGAUACAACGUGGUCCCGAGGCCGUUUUCCGUAUUGCAGUCGCCCAAUUCGCUCGUCGGCGCAAACGUCGACGCGCCGUACCGGAGACCGAGCUCCUCGCCGACGGGUUUCAAGCACCAGCAACAGCUCGCCCGUUCUUCUUCCGCGAACGUCCUCCCGCUGGUCCUCCCGACAGAACUUUUUAACCCGCCUUCGGCACGUCGUUACGUCCCGAUAAAACGCGCGAAUCACCUCAAUCUUGAGGGAAAUCCAGCGACGAGCGUGAGCACCGAAGCGAGUCCGCCGACGAGUUCCGUAGGGGAAAAAACUACCCUUGCGGAUUACGACGCUGUUUAUAAGGCCAUAAUUGGCACUACGAGGAGUUCUUUGGCCGACAUUAAUAGCCAGCGAGGCUACGGCUCGUCGGAUUAUUACGCUAUUACGGAAAGUCCUACGGAGCGGGCUGUUACGAGGACGAGCUUGGCGGCAACUUAUGCACCCGGUCAAACAUCCGCUUCGUACGCAGAAGUUGAACGGCAGAAGGACGCGAAAGGGGUUCGCAAGCACGACUUUCUACCUGGAAUCGCCAGCUACAACAGUCCCGGAAGCGAUGGGAAAUUGAAUGAAAGUCCUGGAAUCGCGCUCUAUAACAAAUUCGCGAGCUUAUAUACGACUGGCAUACCUAACGUAUUUAACGCGCCGAAAGCAAUUACGCAAGACUUUAAGCAACCAGUACAGCCUUCGCAGCAGCAAGUUUCCGCCCUUCCUUACGCAACUUUAAAACCUCUUACUCCCACGUUGCUGCAAGUCCGACCGAUUGCUGCCUCUAAAUCUGCGCCGCAUUACGACAGCAGGUUACUUGUCUCGCAAGACGGAAAAUAUGACGCGAGCAACGACAAAAACGACAAACCGAACGAGCAUGUCAAAGGCGCAGACGUGACCGAGGAAGAAGACGACGACGACGACGGAGAUUACAAGACUCAAAUCAAUCGAGAAGCUCACAAGAUUUACAAGACUUGGAAUAAACCGCGCGAGAAAGAAGAUCGCGUGGAAGAGAGGGAAGAUCGUUCUUCGCAGCAGAGCCGCAAUCAUCAGGACAAAGAUGAACAUUACAGAUAUGACGAAGAUGACAAAAGUAGUAGAAAUAAUGACAGACGCGAAAAACAUGGGAACGCUCGGCAUGAAACUGACGAUGCCGACGAAGAGGAGGUUGACGAGACGAAAGAGGACGAAUAUGUCGAUACCGAGAAAGGCGGAGAUGAAGACGAUAAUGAUCCUCGUCAUCGAUACACUAAGUACGACAGAGAAAAUUCUAAUGAGGAACAACGCGAGAAACUAAGCUACGAUCGUAAGAAAUAUAACAAGCCGAAAGACCGCCGCGACAAGCACGGAAGUGAUGUCGUGGGUCGAUUUGAAAGCAAUAAAAGAUACUUUGAAGCGCAGUAUAACAAUGACGAUGACGAAACUCGGGGCAAAGAGUACGAUCGCACCGAUAAAAAGAAAUUAGUGGGCGACAAGCAAUACGGAAGAGAUCGACAAGGUCGCGAGUAUGAAGAACCCGACGACGAGAGCGUUGCUGAAGAUAAACCGUUCACUCAACGUUUUAAAGAUCAACGUGCUUACAGACGAGACGAAGAAGACGAAGAGGAGCAAAGCGAUGACGGUGACAAGCGUAAACAUCACUACCAGGUCUCCCCACGGAGAGACUCGCUUCGCAAAGGGCUCGCGCGCGAGGAAUACGGCGAGAGUAAUCCUACGCAGACACGCGAGGAAUAUCAUCGUCAGCGCGUGAAGAAUGAGCAUCGCGAUCGUCCUGGAAACGACGGAAAUCAGGACGACGGUGAAGAUGAUCACGUGCACGGCGAGACUCAGGAACACGCGCACAAGCACGAGGAGCAUCACGAGAAGAAGAAAGGCGGCGAUCACCAUUUUGAAAAAGGUGGAGGUGCGGAACAUGAAGAGGAACAUCAUGGACACGAGGGAGAAAAAGGCGAGAAGGGAUAUAAGGUUUGGCACGAGCACGAGAAGGCCGAGAAGGGCCACCACGACAAGGAGCAGGGCAGCAAGCACUACGACGAGAAAGCCGGCGAGGAGAAGAAGCACGAGGAGGAGGGUGGAUACCACGAGGAGCAUCAUCAUGGUGACGCGGGCAAGAAGACAGCGGAAUUCGGCGAGAAAGGUGAACACAAGAAGGGCCACAGUACACACGGCGAACAUUCGGUGCACAAGAAGGACGAAUUCGAGAAGAAGACCGAGUUCUUCGACGAGUUCAACGAGGACGGUGGCGCGGAGAAGCACGGCGAGCACCACCACGAUCACGAGUCGAAGAAGGGCGGCCACGAGAAGAAGGGCCAUCACGACAGCGGCGACCACGAGGAGAAGUACGGCAAGGAGGAGAAGCACGAGAAGGGCGGCCAUCAUCACGAGCACAAGGGCCACAAGGUCGACGAGGGUCACGACCAUCAUUACGAUCACGAUCAGAAGUACGGCAAGAAGGAGGGGCACGAGCACGGGAAGAAGUGGAGCUUCAAGAAGGGCGACGGCGGCGGAGAUCACAAGCACAAUCGCUGAAGCGAGGGACAUUGAUCGCGAUCGUUGCACCUCGAUGCUAGUUCCGGAGCGGAUCAAUG